CUGCUGUGCUGUGUUGCUACCAUGUUACUGCGGGUGAAUAUAAGAAUAAUUUGACAUGCUGUUACCCGCUUAUUUGAUGGGCCAGCAGUGUGUAAGUCAAGUCGACCGUUGGAUCUAGCCUCAGCGAUUAGAUAAACCGGACAAACAAAACCAAAUAUUCCAGACUCCAGAGAUGCAAGUGAAAGUUGAAGAGAUACGUACUAACUCUGAACUGAACCGGAGAUUUUUCGCCAGACGUUUCCUUGUCGCACCAGUGCUGAGACCAUCAGCAUUUCAGCUUACAAGAUGAAGCUACCCUUUAUCGGCAUCUUUUCGCUCCUAGCGUUCGGUUGCUGUUGGAUCACGACCGACGCCGCUCCCCAGCAGCGAGCCUCUUCCUGCGGCUAUGAUAGCUGUACGCCGAGUAAACCGGGAGUGAUCAAUGUUCACGUCGUUCCGCAUACACACGACGACGUCGGGUGGUUGAAAACGGUCGAUCAAUACUACUAUGGCUCGAAAACGGGUUACCAGAGAGCAGGCGUACAGUACAUCAUUGAUUCCGUCAUCAAGGAGUUGGUGAAAGAUCCGGCAAGGAGAUUCAUCUAUGUGGAAAUGGCCUUCUUUUCGCAAUGGUGGCAAGAGCAAACAGAAGAGAAAAAGGCUGUCGUCAAGCAAUUAGUCGAAGAAGGCCGUCUCGAAUUCAUAAAUGGCGGCUGGUGCAUGAACGACGAAGCUGGAACGCACUACAACGACAUCAUCGAUCAAAUGACAUGGGGAAUGAGGUUCUUAAACGAUACAUUUGGCGAGUGUGGCCGCCCUAAAAUCGGCUGGCAGAUUGAUCCGUUCGGCCACUCGAGGGAGCAGGCGUCCAUAUUUGCUUCCAUGGGUUUCGACGGUGUCUUCUUUGGCAGGAUCGACUGGGUUGAUAGGACUCAACGGAAAGCCAACAAGGAAAUGGAGAUGAUCUGGCAUACUAGCAACAGCCCUGGUGAACCAAAUUCCAUCUUCACGGGAAUCUUCUACGAGCAUUACUCGGCUCCCAACGGUUUCUGCUUUGAUGUCGUGUGCAGAGACGAGCCGUUUAUCGACAGUCCUAGAUCUGCCGACUACAACGUCGUGAAAAAGGUGAAGGAUUUAGAAGCGCACAUCAAAGCCAAGGCUCUCAGUUACUCCACCAGUAAUAUCAUGCUCACCAUGGGCGACGAUUUCAACUACAUGUCGGCUGACAUGAACUUUAAGAACAUGGAUAAAAUGAUACGCUACACUAACGAGUUGGCCAGCGGAGUCAACCUGUUUUACUCGACGCCCAGCUGUUAUGUCAAGGCUAUCAACGACGAAGCCGGAAGCCGGCCGUGGCCGACCAAGACGGAUGACUUCUUUCCUUACUCAAAUGAUCCGCACGCCUACUGGACGGGUUAUUUUACAUCUCGGCCAGCCUACAAGGGUACGGUGCGGAAAGCCAACACUUUCCUUCAGAGUUGCAAGCAACUCCAUUCGCUGGCUGGCCCAUCUGCCGGCGGCCAAAAUCUGAUUGAUAGUCUCAGACGCAGCAUGGGAGAGGCACAACAUCACGAUGCUGUGGCUGGCACCGAGAAGGAACACGUUUCCCAAGAUUAUAGGCUGAGAUUGCACGACAGUCUCGUCGAUUGUCAGAAGGAUGUGGGCAAUUCUUUCAGCCAGCUACUUCCGAUCGGCAGCCAGGCAUUGCCACCACAAGAGUUUUGCCUUCAUUUGAACGUGAGCCAAUGCGCCAUUACGGAAUCGUCUUCUCGUUUCGUGGCGAACGUCUACAAUCCGCGCUCUCAUGAGGUGACCACUUACGUCCGAUUACCGGUUAUGAAUGGAGUCUACACCGUUCUGGACCCCGACGGUAGCGAGCUGAUCGUCCAACUGGUCCCACUCGUCAAUGCGGCUCUCCGAUCGAUCGAAACUGAAAGACCCAAAUCAUCAGCUACACACGAGUUAGUGUUCCAGGCGGCCAGCAUUCCAGCGCUCGGCCACAAAACGUUCUACAUCGUGAAAUCUAGCGCUCGGCACGGUCAGCAACAUUCCACCAUCACCAGCAGCAGGGAGCGGCAGUCGACAACCGUUCGUAUGGCAGAAGCCGGCGAAAGAAUCGCCGUCAGCAAUGGGAAACUGUCGGUCAAUUUCGACGCCAACGGCUUAAUCGAGAGCGUAGUCGUUGAUGGAGUAACCGUGAUGAUGAGCCAGAAUUUGAUGUGGUACGCUGGAAUGAAUGAAGGAAACGCCAACAGUAUCUUCGACGAUCGCCCGUCUGGCGCUUACGUCUUCCGUCCCAACGGCACUGACGCCACACCCAUCUCAACGCAGGCCACUCUUAUCGUUCAAACAGGUGCCUUGGUAAGUGAAGUUUAUCAGCAAUUCAGCGACUGGGCCAGCCAAGUGGUGCGCGUCUACAAAGGCCAGAGUGAUGUGGAGAUUGAGUGGACCGUGGGACCGAUCCCCGUCGGGGACGGAAUUGGAAAGGAGAUUGUCAGUCGAGUGACGACACAAAUACCUAGCGGGGGUCGCUUCUAUACCGAUUCCAACGGCCGCCAAACCUUGCUGCGCCGGAGAGAUUUUCGUCCCACUUGGACACUGGACAUCACGGAGCCCGUCUCUGGCAACUACUACCCCAUCAAUUCCCACAUUUACGUCACUGACAGUGAGCAAAAUGCCGGAGCGGUCGUAGCCCUUGUCAACGACCGAUCACAAGGAGGAACCAGCCUGAAAGAUGGCCAAAUUGAACUUAUGGUUCAUCGUCGGCUGUUGUAUGAUGAUCAUUUUGGAGUUGGCGAGCCAUUGAACGAACCUGGUGAUGGGCCGGGUCUAGUCGUUAGGGGUACGCAUUAUUUGUUGGUCAACCCGUCGCUAGCUGGGAAUCAUCCCGUCUCCUUGAUCCGACCAUUGGCCCAGCAAAUGUUCAUGAGACCGUGGAUGUCCUUUAGCGCCACCAGUCUGUCAUUCACCAAUUGGAAGAACAAUUUCCGAACCGAGAAAUCAGGAUUGAGGGCACCGUUGCCGGACAACGUCCACAUCCUAACGCUCGAACCGUGGCGUGAUGACACUCAUCUUUUACGCUUGGAGCACGUCUACGAUAUCGGCGAACACUCGACUUUGUCCGAGCCCGUUACUCUCAUCUUGGAUGAUUUGUUGGCCGAUUACACCAUCACCUCGGCCGUGGAGACAACCUUGGGGGCUAAUCAGUGGGCAUCAGAGUCUUCUCGUCUACCUUGGACCACGGCUGCUACUAACCACCAACAGCCCUUGAAGAAGGUGUCCAGCAAGACUCGACAGUCGUCUGGCAAAACAUCUGUGACUUUGUUACCAAUGCAAAUUAGAACGUUCAUCAUUCAGAUGACCCCGAAAUAAAAUAAAACAAAACAAAAAAGGUCGCUAACUUGCAUCUUCCGGGGUUCGACCGACCCCAAUGGACCAUUACGCAAUUCCUAAAUUUUCUUAUAACUUUAGUAAUAGUUAACCGCGGUUGAAAUUAGAAAUGAAAUACAAACAAGUAGACAGUA